UCCAGGUGUCCCAGGUGUAUAUAAAGGCCCUCUCAUCAUCUCUGCAGUUACCAUUCUAAUACCAACGUCACCAUGAACACCUUAGCCGUCUUCGUCUGCCUCGCCGCCGUCGCCGCCGCCUCCCCGCAGUUCAGGGCUCCGACUCGACAGACCUUCCAGGACGAGCGUCAGGUGGCCAUCUUGAGGGACGACCGCCAGGAUUCCGGCGACGGCAACUUCAACUACAACUUCGAGGCCGAAAAUGGAAUCAGCGUUGCAGCUUCAGGAACCCCAGGCUCCAAAGGCCAGAGCAACAUCCAGGGAAGCUACAGAUUCACCCUUCCCGACGGAACCAUCGCCGAAGUGAGAUACAUCGCUGACGAGGCCGGGUUCCGUGCUGAAUCCCCCCUCAUCCCCACCCCCCACCCCCUCCCCGCCCACGCCAUCGAGCAGAUCCGAUUUGCUGAGGAACAACGGCGUCGCGGAAUCACCUUCUAAGACUAGCUCAUUGAUGGAAAUUUCUGACAAUCUGUCCUAAUGGAAUAUGCACUUGAGGCAGUGAAUUAUACACAAAAUAAAACUCAUUUUCGUAUAAA